CAGAUUUUUAGGAGCAAUCCGGGAGAAAUUUAACAAAGAUGCUUGUCUACCAGGAUCUUCUUACAGGUGAUGAGCUUCUCUCGGAUUCGUUUCCUUACGAGGAAAUUGUAGACGGAAUGUUAUGGCAAGUUGAGGGGAAGUGGGUUGUUCAAGGAGCUGUUGAUGUGAACAUUGGUGCUAAUCCUUCUGCUGAAGGUGCUGAUGCUGAUGAGGGUGUUGAUGACACAGCCGUGAAAUGUGUUGAUAUCGUCGACACUUUCAGACUCCAGGAACAACCAACUUUUGACAAGAAAGAAUUCGUUGCAUGCAUCAAGCGCUUCAUCAAGACUAUUACACCCAAGCUGAGUGAAGAGGAGAAAACAAAAUUCAACAAUGGUAUAGCGGCAGCAACCAAGUAUCUUCUUUCAAAGCUCAAGGACUUGCAAUUUUUCGUGGGGGAGAGCAUGCACGAUGAUGCCACAAUGGUGUUUGCAUAUUACAAGGAAGGUGCUGCUGAUCCCACCUUCCUCUACUUUGCCCACUCUCUGAAGGAAAUCGAGUGUUGAGCCCAGAUCGGGUAGUCUAUUUAUUAUGGGUCAUUAUCUUUUUUUCUCCCAGUGUUUUCUUUUUUUGAUUUCAAGACUAAGAAUAACUCUCUGGUGAAUUAGAGAGCAUGUCCUGGUCAUGUUUAAAUUUACUCUUAUGAAACAGUUUCAAGGAAAAAAAAAAAUUCUAAUCUGAGUUUCAGUUCCAUGGUUACAAAAAAAAAAAAAAAAAAG